AUGAGUUAAACAAAGGAAAUAAAAGUAGUUUUAUUAGGUGUUUCAGGAGUGGGAAAAAGUAGUCUUUUGUAUAGAUUUGUUGAGAAUGAUUUUCAAGAAAAGGGCCAACCUACUUUAGGAGCAGCAUUUUAGAGCAAAACAAUAUUAAUAGAUGGAAAAGCAUUGAAAUUUUAAAUUUGGGAUACUGCAGGUUAAGAGAAAUAUAAAGCAAUAUUACCUUUAUAUUAUAGAGGUAUUUGAUUAGUGUAUUUUGAGAUGCAAAAGUAGCUCUUUUAGUUUAUGAUGUUAAUGAUUUAUAAAGUUUUGAAGGAGUAAAGGAAUGGUUUCAAUAAUUGCAGGAUUAAGGACCUAUAGAUUAAAGUAAUAAUGAUGUAAUUGUGAAGUUAGAGUGAUAAUAGGAAAUAAAUGUGAUUUAGAGUAGAAUGUAUCAGAUAACAUGGCUGAAGAAUUGGCCAGAUAAUACAACGCUAACUUUUUUAAAACUAGUUGCAAAGAAAACUUAGGAGUGCAAGUAUUGAAUAGAAUAUAUUAGGAAACAUUCAUUUAAAUAGGAGAACGGGUUUUUAAAGAGCAGUUGAUAGAAGAGAAUCGUAAAUCAAACACUGAAAAUGUAAACUCCACUUUGAAGAUUGGACCGUAGAAUCUUAAUAAUAAACAAUAAUAAAAUAAGUCCGUUUGUUGCUGA